GACGGUUAUGUGUGUUUACUUUCCUUCCAAGUGCAUUUUAUUUUUAUACAACUUAGUUAAACAUUUUUUGGAUACAAACAUUCCAUGAUUUCGGAGUUUUACAAUGGCGUACUUUGGAAACUCAAUAGAGGAUUAUGAACUGUAUGAACAAAUUGGCAAAGGAGGUUUUGCCUCCGUUCAUCGUGCCAUUUGCAAAGCAAACGGAAUCCCAGUUGCGAUCAAAAUGAUAAACAAGAAGUUGAUGCAAGCUGCUAAUAUGACAGAGAGAGUCAGACAAGAAGUGGCUAUCCAUUCCAGACUUAGCCACCCAUCAAUUCUUCAACUCCAUGCUUUUAUUGAAGACAGUGAUUUUGUUUACUUAGUUUUGGACUUGUGUGAAAAUGGUGAAUUCCAACGUUAUCUAAAAUCUCUCGGCCAUCCCUUAAAUGAAGAUGAGACACGUGAAGUUAUGAGUCAGCUAUUGGAAGGCUUGCUUUAUCUUCAUUCACAUCACAUCCUUCACAGGGAUCUUUCAUUAGCUAAUCUACUUUUAACAAGAGACAUGAAAAUUAAAAUUGCAGACUUCGGGCUUGCCACUCAACUUAAUCAUCCAGAUCAGAAACACAUGACUAUGUGUGGAACUCCAAACUACAUAUCUCCAGAGGUUGCUACACGUAGUUCACAUGGAUUUGAAGCAGAUGUUUGGGGUCUCGGAUGUUUAUUGUAUACCCUUUUGGUGGGACGCCCCCCUUUUGACACUGAUGCCGUGAAAUCGACUUUGACACGAGUUGUAAUGGCUGACUAUAAGUUGCCAGUGACUUUGUCUGCGGAGGCCAAAGAUUUGAUUCAGCGACUAUUGAAGAAGAAUCCUAAAGAGAGGCCAACUUUGAUGGAAGUCAUGAAACAUCCUUUUAUGAACAAACGUAGCCAUAACGAUAUUGAUAGUGGUCUUUUCACAAUGUCAACUGUACCCUCAAUAAUGACUCCGUCCAUCAAAUCCCAAACGCCGAUGCUACCGAAGCUCCGUCGGUGUAACAGUAAUCGAGAAAUGAAUACCGGUCCAAUUUUAGCAUUGCCUAAACCGACAUCUAAUAGCAGCAAACACUCAGCUCAUUCAUUACCCGACAGCCGAACGCAUACAGAAAGUAGAAAUCGUCGUGUUCAGUCAUGGGGUGAACCUUGCAUGGGAACACCCCUACCUGUUGCGACCAGCAGUGAGAGACAAUGUGACAAUCAGUGCGGAAGACAUAGUUGUCAUCACAACCCUUGUCAACUAAGUUUAAACAAUCGAAGCACCCACUGCAGCCAUCAUUCUCCAUGUCAGAGCUUUUGUUCGCAUGGAGCCAGUUGCCAGUGUCACGCUGCUAAGCCACCAACGCCGAAUCCUGUUAAUCCAUCGAAUAGGAGUCAUUGUCUCAACAAGCCAACUCCGCCGCUAUCAACUGCCCGCUUGAAAGCUAGCCGACAACGAACAAAGAACGCCAUAUGUUCCAUUCUCGAGCAGGGCGAAGUUUGUCUCGAAUUUAUCCGAAAAGUAAAGGAAGCAGAACGUAUUGUGGAUGUUUGUCGAAUCUCAGGCGAUGGAAUGAGAAUCGUCCUUUAUCAGCCUAACAAUGGUAAAGGUGUGGCUGUAGCUGAUGUUCCUCCUCCUUUACCGUCAAAAGGAGCAGACGCAAUUUACUCUUACGAGAGUCUCCCUUCUGAGUAUUGGAAAAAGUAUACGUAUGCUUCUAGGUUUGUUAAUCUGUCUAAAGCAAAGACCCCCAAAGUAACUAUAUUUACUGCUCGAGCAAAGUGCAUUUUAAUGGAAAAUGGACCUAAUGCUGAUUUCGAAGCGCUCUUCUACUCUGGAUGGAAAAUGGCCCGUUCAUUGAACAGUCUACAGAUAACAGAGCCGAACGGUCUCAUGUCGACGCUGACAUUAAAGAACGAUGAUGAACCACAUCUGGAUCGUGAGAUUACGAGAGAUUUUUGGAAUCAUUUGAAGGAGUGUUACGCUCACUGCGAACGGAUUGAGGCGUCUGUCAAUCAGUUGGCUUCACUUCCAGUUGCCAACGGUUCUCUUCAAUUUUUCCCACUUACAAUAGGACGAAAACCGAUCUCUCCAAGCUCCACCAAACUGUCGCUUAGCAAUAAGGAAAAUCGAAUGACGGAACCUGUUCUUAGUGGUUUAAAAUCCUUUGAUGGAUCUGUUCGUAGUGCCGCCAAUAGUUCCUGCAAGAGCUCGUCACUUCGACGGUUAGAUCAGCAUAACCCAGAUAAUAUUACUAAAGCGAUUGAUGUCCCCGGCAUCGGUCGGGUCUUCCAAAAGAAUUCGGGUCAAGUGGAAAUACUUUUCGACGAUGGUUCACGUAUGGGCAUUGCUCCAAAUUCAACCACGGUUGCUUUUAGUCAGUCCGAGCAUAUCCGUGCUGAGGUAUUCAACACCAAAGAAGUGUUGCCAGACAGGGUACGCCAAAAACUUUCUUUGGUACCUCGAGCUGUUGAACAGCUAGUAAAAUGCAAUCAAGAUCCACCACCAUUGAAGUACGGAAUUCUUCGGUAGCACAAGUCUAGCUUACUGUGUGUACGGUUUGUGUAUAUUCUUUCUUCCUUGAAGCCUUUGUUUGAAAUUCAAUUGUUGUGUGACACUGUACUUACUGCCAUUUUAAAACUUUGAUCUGAAUUUGCAUACAUGUUGAUGUAUUUUUGAACGCCAAUCGUACGGUAAACGUAGCGACCAGCUGAAAGGAUCCACUUUCAGGAUUUAAAAAAAUAUAAUGAUUUAAUAAAG